AACUCGGAGCUCUUCACGCUGACCUACGGUGCCCUGGUCACCCAGCUCUGCAAGGACUACGAGAACGAUGAGGACGUCAACAAGCAGCUUGACAAAAUGGGUUACAACAUCGGGGUUCGGCUAAUAGAGGACUUUCUGGCCCGGUCCAAUGUCGGAAGAUGCCACGAUUUCCGUGAAACCGCAGAUGUUAUUGCAAAGAUAGCAUUUAAAAUGUACCUGGGCAUCACUCCGAGCAUCACCAACUGGAGUCCUGGAGGUGAUGAGUUCUCCCUGAUCUUGGAAAAUAACCCCUUGGUGGACUUCGUUGAGCUCCCUGACAACCACUCCUCUCUCAUCUAUUCCAACCUGUUGUGCGGAGUGCUGCGUGGUGCCCUGGAAAUGGUUCAGAUGGCCGUAGAUGUCAAAUUUGUCCAGGACACACUGAAGGGUGACAGCGUCACAGAGAUAAGGAUGAAGUUCAUCCGGCGGAUUGAAGACAAUCUUCCGGCUGGCGAAGAGUGAGUCACAGCUCCGGCUUCCUUUGGGACCGGAGGGGACCAGCUGGUUUUGGCCACGAGCUUUCACCACGGAUCUCCAGGCAUCCUGUGCCCCUCUACACUCAGACUGACUCACUGACUGUAUAAGAUGUUGUUAUAUUCUUCUACUGUUCCUUCCAUCUCCUGUAGAAGACGAUUGUCUGGUUGCUCUUUAUUCCACGGGUUCAUUCUGAAGCUUUUUCAUAAGGUGAUGCCCUUUUCGUAUUCCCCUGGGGGCUCUUUCUACGCUCACUUUCUAAUUGCGACGUUCGGUCGCGGGAGAACUACCCCUCACACUCAAGGAGAGCUCCAGCCUGUUCCAAAUCUGAAUCCACGAUUUAUUACUGGAAUUGGAGACC